GAAAGCCGUCGAACGUAUAUUCAGCGCCCGCGCGCCAUUUAAUAACUCGUCGACAAUACUACGAACGCAUACAUUUUCACGGUGGGCCACAACUGCCGGACGACUACACGACUUAUAAUCGCAUUCCACUUCGGGUACACGCGUAACAAUAGUUUAGGACGUUUUUGGAAUUUUUUUUCGUUUUUUUUUUUCGAAUCUUUUCGAUUUUCUCUUACAAGUAAAUAACGACAAACGCCUAGGCAGAAUACCAAGACCUCAUACGCCGAGUCAAUUACAUAUGCGUCGAGGGACUUGGAACAUCGUUCAGACUGACUGGUGGCUGCAGAAUAACCGAUACCGUCUAAUCAAUUCCUGUAAAUCUAAAAUUGAGUCAAAUAUCGAAAGGGAAGAUAAAAUGCAACCUCUGUAGGAGGUUUAACGGGCAGUGAUGCUGUUUUUCACAUUUAUUGUCUGUGCAAUAGCCGUCAACAACGUUUCAUCGAAAAUAGGUUACUUUUGGCACAUCACCGACAUACACUAUGACUCGAAUUAUGUAGCGACCGCCGAUUACGCACAAAGUUGUAAGCGGUCGGCGAUUGAUCAGGAACUGUUUAUGGAACGGCCCAGUCUACCAUCCGGUAAUGGUAGACUGGGCGAUUACGGGUGCGAUUCGCCGUGGGCGCUGGUCCAGUCCGCUGUGAAAGCGAUGAAAGAGAAGCAUGGAGACAACAUCGAAUUCGUGCUGUGGUCCGGAGACUCCGUGUCGUCAGACGAGGUGGACUUGCCUACUCGCGUGAUGGCUAUCCAGAACGUUACUAACCUGCUCAUCCAAACGUUUAGCAGCCAGUUCGUGUUUCCUGUGCUUGGCCACGAUGACCCGGGCGCCUUGAAAAACCAUUUGAUAGACUACACAAGUUUGGGACACUAUUGGCGACAGUGGUUGCCCACGGAUGCUAUACAGACGUUUAACAAAGGAGGUUAUUAUACGAUUGAGCAAAAAGGAAAUAAACUUAGGAUAAUCGCGCUCAACUCAAAUGCAUUUUCGACAGUAGAAAGACAACGGAACGUCGUCAACCCUAUAGAACAGCUCGAAUGGUUGGAAAAAAUCUUAAUGAAAUCAGUAAUGAACAAAGAAACAGUGUACCUGGUGAGCCACAUGUGCCCGGGAGCCAACGAAAGAGACCAGGACGAGGCGCCCACGUUCCAAGAUGUCUACAGUGCGAAAUAUUUAGAAAUGAUCCGGAGGUAUGCGCACAUCAUUGUCGGACAGUUUUGCGGUCACCUGCACUCCGACACAUUCCGGAUCGUAUACGACCAACAUAAAAAACCCGUGUCGUGGAUGAUGGUCGCGCCGUCAUUGACGCCCAACAAGUCUCCCGGCGUGUCCAACAAUCCUGGCUUGAGAUUGUACAAAUUCAACACGAAUUCGGGCCACAUUAUAGACUACACGCAAUACUACAUCGAUCUGGAGUCGUCGCCCAACGGCGAUCCGGACGACUGGAGGAUCGAGUACAACCUGACACACUACUACGGACUACACGAAAUCACGCCAAGGUCUCUGCACGCGAUUGCCGAAACGUUCCAGGACGACGAUUCGGCGCAGUUCGACAGGUACAUAGAGGCCAACUCGGUGCGGCAGUUCAAACCUAAGGAUUGCAAUCUGGAGUGUARAAGAGCGCAGUAUUGCGCCGUCACCGAGCUCGACUACGGUCGGUUUCACAGUUGCGUGGAUACGGCGGCCGAGGCGCUUUCCGGGUCGGUCCGUCCA